AUGGAGUUGCAGACCCAUUCGAACGACGUGAUGUGUAAGGUCUUUCCAGCCACCUUAACAAGAGCAGCCCGAGCUUGGUUUAACAACUUGGAGUCAAGGAGCAUCAAGAACUUCAUAGACUUGGCCAAUAUAUUCAUCAAUAGGUUCAUUGCCGGGGUUCCUACGGAAAGAAAAAUGAGCUACUUAAAAACAAUGCACCAGUGGAGGAAUGAAUCCCUGAGAGAGUAUGUGGCCAAAUUCAACUCUGAGGCUUUGCAGAUACUCGAGCUAGACGAGGGAAGGGCUGUAGAAGCCAUGCAAAAUGGCACAACCUCCCUAGAGUUCUUUGGGUCAUUGUGCAGAAAGCCCUCCACCACCCUGUCGGAAUUGAUGAAAAGGGUAAAGAAAUACAUAAGGCAGGAUGAUGCCUUGACGACAAGCCGAUCUGCCAGGGAUGAUAGAGAAAGAAGCAAGGUUGGAGAGGACAAGGGACAGGAUCGGGGGCUAGAGGCAUUGAACAAACACCAAUGGGAAAGAAAGGAACAAAGACCUUAUCAACCUCGGCUUCCUAUUGAGGUCACUCCCUUGAACGUAUCCAGAGCCAAAGUGCUUGUAGCAGUCCAGGAUAAGGAUUUCAUGCAAUGGCCCAAGCCCAUAAAAGCAGAAAGGACCCGGAUAAAUAUUGCCAAUACUAGAGAACACACGACCAUGAUACAAACGACUGUUAUUAGUUAA